UCGGGCGCAUUUGUGCCGAUCAACCUUCAGAGGCAAGUCCCGGGAGCAGCAUCAUGUCGCCCAGGGGCGACGCGUACUCUGCCGUCCUCCAAAAUGUCUCCAGACAAGUCCUCGAACCCUCAUUCAGGUCUGCACCUCGCAUGCUGGGAUGGAACGUGCCGCAACACGAAUUGGCCAGCAUCCCUGAGCAUUGGUUUCAGUUCCCUGAGCCUGACCCUUCCUUGCAGUACAUGCUCGGCCUCCUCUACAUCGGAUUCACCUUCUUCUCCCUCACUGGAAAUGGACUCGUCAUCUGGAUCUUCUCCACGGCCAAGUCCCUUCGCUCCUCGUCCAACAUGUUUGUGGUGAACCUGGCCAUCGCCGACUUCAUAAUGAUGCUGAAGACACCAAUCUUCAUUUACAACUCGUUCAACCAGGGCUACGCUCUCGGCUUUAAAUAUUGCCAAAUUUUCGCAGUGAUGGGCUCGAUGACCGGCAUCACGCAAGCCACCACCAACCUUUGCAUCGCCUACGAUCGAUACAGAAUCAUUUCGCGGCCGAUGGACGGAAAACUGAGCAAAGGAAAGGCGCUAUUCAUGAUCAUGCUCACCUGGGGAUACGCCCUGCCGUGGACCCUGAUGCCCAUGACUCAGUACUGGGGUCGAUUUGUCCCUGAGGGAUUCUUGACCAGCUGUUCUUUUGAUUACCUCACCAACAACAUGGAGACCAAGAUGUUCGUCUUUUUCAUUUUCAUCUUCUCCUACUUUGUGCCCAUGUUCUCCAUCAUCUUCUUCUAUUCUCAGAUCGUCGGACACGUGGUUAACCAUGAGAAAGCACUCAAAGCUCAGGCCAAAAAGAUGAACGUGGAGUCCCUACGGAGUGGAGAAAAGGCGAACGCUUCUGCCGAAAUCCGAAUUGCAAAGGCUGCCAUUGGAAUUUGCGCUCUGUUCGUUCUUUCGUGGACUCCGUACGCAGUUCUCGCGCUGAUCGGGGCCUUCGGGAACCAGUCCAUGAUCACCCCAACAGUGUCCAUGGUGCCCGCUUUGUUCUGCAAAAUGGUCGCCUGCGUGGACCCCUACGUCUACGCGAUAAGUCACCCAAGAUACAGACUCGAGUUGCAGAAGCGGUUGCCGUGGCUGAAGAUCAGGGAGCCGCUGCCUCCGUCCGAAAAUUCAUCCGCCGGCACAAGUGCCACCACGGACGGUGCUCAAGCCCAUUGAGCAUUUAUUUUCUGUCAAAAACCAAUAUAGACGACCGACCGCAAUGAAUGCAGGACUGUUCUUUGGGGAUUGGACUAAAAAUCUAAUCAGCUUUGAAUCAAAAUUUCAGCACCUUUUGUAAUUUUUUCUUUACAUUUCUCUCAAGAUUUGAAUAAACCCGGCGAAUCUCACUAUC